GCAAUAAAGAGGGGGGGAUUUUUUUUUUUUGGUUCAGUUUUUGCCGCAAUUAACUCUUGGUCCCUUAAACAUCUUCCUUUUUAUUUUUGGGUUUUGCAAUCAACUAUUAAGGUGCAACUAUGCCCAAAAGAAAGGCUCCAGCUGAAGGCGAGGCAAAGGAGGAGCCAAAGAGAAGGUCAGCCAGACUAUCUGCUAAACCUGCUCCACCCAAACCGGAGCCAAAGCCCAAAAAGGCAGCACCUAAGAAAGAAAAAGCAGCAAAUGAUAAAAAGGAGGACAAAAAGGCAGCAACAAAAGGGAAGAAAGGAGCCAAAGGCAAAGAGGAAACUAAACAAGAGGAUGCUAAAGAAGAAAACCACUCUGAAAAUGGAGAUACCAAAACUAAUGAGGCACCAGCUGCUGAAGCAUCUGAUGAUAAAGAAGCCAAGUCCGAGUAAUGUUAACCCUGCCCUGUAUCUCCAUCAUUUGGUAUCCGUACCUCCAUGCUGUAUUGUUAACAGAGAGGAAUAUUUUUAUCAACUAUUUUAUAAAUGCAGGUUUUUUUAGCAUGAAUUUAAUUAUGGAACAUCUUCAUCUCGGUUACUUGGGAAUUAAAUCCCUAACAAACAAAACAACAACAACAAAAAAAAGUCAUUGUUUUUAAAUUUUGUGAUUGUAAUAGUUUGUAUGGUACAUGGAAAGAAUAAGUGGUGGUAGCUUUUGACUUCUGUCAGUGUGUCCCUUUUUGUGUAAGUCAUGCUUACAGACUUCAGAUUUUAAUUUUUCCCUUGUAUGUGUUGUAUGGUUUCUUAAAGUGGGGAGGUCUCAAAAAAAAUAACCGUGUGAAACAUUCCAGUGGUUCUGUGGGUUGCUUUUAUAAAGAAGGUGAGCUAUUUUCAUGAAAAAACCUAAGAGCUGGAAAUCUGUUGUUUCCCAAAUGUAAUUUUAUUUUGUCAGUUUUGAAAAAAAAAAAAAAAAGAAAAAAAAGAAAAAUAAAUAAAUAAAAGUGUAAUCCUGUUUUUAAAUGAAAUACAAACAUUUCUUUUCAAAAAGGGCAGGUUGGUUGUAUGUACCCACUGUUAGGAAUUUUGCUGGAUUUAUCUUAAUAAAAAAGACUCCUCAAAA